AUGGCCGCCCGUCCCGCCGAAGACCCCCAGCACGACUCCAAGAAGCAGAAGACUGCUGUCAAGCACAAGGUCUGCCUGCUCGUUCACGAUGGCUGGGGUCUGUCCGACAACGAAAAGGGCAAUGCAAUCUUCCACGGUGACACCACCAACAUGGACAAGAUCCGUGACAACCACAACUUUGUCGAGCUUGAGGCCUCGGGCCUCGCUGUCGGUCUCAAGGAGGGCCUCAUGGGCAACUCGGAGGUCGGCCACUUGAACAUUGGCGCCGGCCGUAUCGUCUGGCAGGACAUUGUCCGCAUUGACCAGUCCAUUAAGAAUGACGAGUUCAAGAACCAGCCCGCCAUUGUCGCGUGCCUCAAGCAUGCCAAGGAGAACGGGAACCGCCUUCACACCAUGGGCCUGCUCUCGGACGGUGGUGUCCACUCACACAUCAACCAUCUCCUCGCCCUCCUCCGUGCCGCCAAGGAGCAGGGUAUCGAGCACGUCUACAUUCACGCCUUUGGCGAUGGCCGUGACACAGCCCCCAAGUCGGCUGACAAGUACGUCAAGCAGCUCCUUGACGCUAUCAAGGAGAUUGGAGUCGGUGAGCUCGUCACAUUUGUUGGUCGCUACUAUGCCAUGGACCGUGACAAGCGCUGGGAGCGCGUCAAGGUGGCGGUCGACGCUCUUGUCCAGGGCGAAGGCACCCAUUCCGACGACCCUAUCAAGGCCAUCGAGGACUGCUACGCCAAGGGCGAGACGGACGAGUUCAUCAAGCCGCUCAUCUUUGGUGACAAGUCGACUCGUAUCCAGGACAACGACACCAUCUUCACCUUCAACUACCGCUCGGACCGCAUGCGUGAGAUCGCCUCACUUCUCGCGUUCGAUGACAAGCCCAUUGACGUCGAGAUCCCCAAGAACCUGGCCAUCACUUCCAUGUCGCGCUACAACCCGGCCUGGACGAUCCCUGUCGCCUUCCCUCCCGUCUCAAUGGACCACGUUUUGGCAGAGUGGCUUAGCAAGCAGGGUGUCAAGCAGACCCAUAUUGCGGAGACUGAAAAGUACGCUCACGUCACGUUCUUCUUCAACGGUGGCGUAGAGAAGCAGUACUCGGGUGAGGAGCGCGUCAUGAUUCCUUCUCCCAAGGUGGCCACGUAUGACAAGAAGCCGGAGAUGAGCGUUCAGGAGGUCGCCGACAAGGUCGCAGACGUUGUCAAGUCGGGCGAGUACGAGUUUGUCAUGUGCAACUUUGCGCCUCCCGACAUGGUUGGUCACACUGGUGUCUAUGACGCCGCUGUCGAGGCCAUUACCGCGACCGACAAGGCCGUCGGGACCAUUUACGACGCCUGUGAGGAGGCUGGUUACAUCUUCUGCAUCACUGCCGACCACGGCAACGCAGAGCAGAUGAUUGACCUGGUGACUGGCAACCCGCACACCGCUCACACGACCAACCGCGUUCCCUUUAUCGUGACCGGUGAGAAGGGUUCUCUGAAGGAGUCCAAGGAGUACGGUGCUCUUGCCGAUGUCGCACCCACCAUUCUCUCCAUUAUGGGUCUUCCGCAGCCUGCUGAGAUGACCGGCCACUCCCUUUACAAGGACUAG